ACUACACCACCUGCUGCGAGCCAGUUCCGCCAGGAGAGCCUUGUGGACCAGUGUUGAAAACUCCGAUACCGGGACCAAACUCUAAGGAUUUAUUUCAAAAAUUGAAUGUAAUUCAGCAAGCUGGAUCCGUGACAUUAUUUGCCGAUUACAAUAAAAGUAUAGGAAAUUAUUUAGCGGACGCAGAUGGAAACAUGUUUUUGGACGUGUACACACAAAUAUCAUCGAUACCGAUUGGAUAUAACCACCCUGAACUCUUCAGACUUUUCGCCAACAACCCGUCAAAUGUAAAAGCUUUAGUCAAUCGCCCGGCACUUGGCGUAUUUCCUUCAAAGGACUGGCCUUGCAUGCUAGAACAAGUGCUUUUAAGUUGUGCACCACCGGGUAUGUGCCAUGUGCAUACUAUGAUGUGCGGAGCUUGCUCCGUUGAGAACGCAUUGAAGGCUGCGUUAUACCUCAAGCGUAAAAAAGACAGAGGAAAUUCUAUACAAUUCAGUAAUUUUGAGCUAGAAACUGUUCUCAGCAAUGUACCACCGGGGGCCCCUGAUCUAUCUAUUUUGUCAUUUAAGGGUGCUUCCCAUGGACGAACAAUGGGGGCGCUGUCUGCACAGAGAUCAAAACACAUACAUAAAUUGGAUACUCCCGCAUUUGACUGGCCUAUGGCUGAUUUCCCAAAAUACAAAUACCCUCUAAACGAUCAUUAUAUGGAAAACAAAGCGGAGGACAAGAGAUGUCUUGAGAUGGUGUGUUGUCUCAUUGACGAAUAUAAACAAAAAAGAAAUGAUGUCGCGGCUGUAAUCAUUGAGCCAAUACAAUCGGAAGGUGGCGACAAUGAGGCGUCAGCUGAAUUUUUCGUGUCGCUUCAAGGAAUUUGCAAACAGAAUUCAAUAGCCUUUAUUUUAGACGAGAUUCAAACUGGUGGUGGUUCAACCGGCAGAUUUUGGUGUCAUGAACACUUUGCACUUCCAUCACCACCCGACAUCGUGGUCUUUAGCAAAAAGAUGCUGAUUGGGGGAUUUUAUUUUAUGCCUGAGUACUACGCUCCUCAUCCUUAUCGAAUUUUCAACACAUGGGCGGGUGACCCGACAAAAUUAAUUAUGCUAGGUAAAGUGAUAGAAUGCAUCCAUGUGCAAAACUUGCUCUCCCUGGUGACAUAUAGCGGUACAUAUCUUAUGAACGGACUCUAUGAAUUGCAAACAGAGUUCCCAAAUUAUAUGUUUAACGUUCGGGGAAGAGGAACAAUGGUAGCGUUUACGUGUCCAACCGUAGAAGUUCGUAAUACAAUACAUAGAAAUUUAUUAGAUCGUGGUGUUAUCGGAGGCAUCUGUGGUAGUUCAAGUAUAAGAAUUCGACCUGCUUUAACUUUCCAGCCAAGACAUGUACAGAUUUAUUUAUAUGUUCUAAGGGACGUGCUUAGACAUUUAAACCCAACUAAAUAGUGUUAAAUUCAACCAAUAUUUUCUUGCGAUAGUACCGAUUUUGGUAUGAGACUCUUUAUUGAGGUACGUAGGUAUCCAAGUAUUUAGACCGACUGAUCUUGCUGUGUCAAAAAGGUCAAUUCGUUGUUUGAAUUUAUUACUUAUAAAAGUGCGAGUUACCAGAAAUACAAUAUAAAUUA